CAUCAGUGCCGGGUAGCAUUCACGACUCCACCAUGGCAGGGAUAUUUACUCGCUGUGUCUCCCGAGGCCUUUUUAAGCCUUUCCAGACUCUGAUUCAGCCGAGAGUCCCUGUGAGACAUCUGAACCUGCUGGAGUACCAGAGCAAAGUGCUGCUGGACAACCAUGGGGUCACCGUGCAGAAGUUCCGCAUCUUGGAUACGCAUGAGGCCGCUGGCGAGACUGUUAAAACACUGAAUGCUGCCGAGUAUGUGGUGAAGGCACAGAUCCUAGCUGGUGGUAGAGGAAAGGGCCACUUCGACAAUGGCUUCAAGGGGGGUGUUCAUCUCACCAAAGAGAUAUCAGAGGUGGAGUCCUUAGUGGAGAAAAUGGUGGGCCACAAGCUCAUCACAAAGCAGACGCCAAAAGAAGGAAUCCUGGUAAACAAGGUGAUGGUGGCCGAGUCGGUGGACAUCCUGAGGGAGACCUAUUUUUGCAUUCUGAUGGACAGGGACCACAAUGGACCUGUUUUGAUUGCGAGCCCGGAUGGUGGUAUGGAUAUUGAGGAGGUUGCCGAGAAAACCCCCGAACGUUUGCUUACUCUACCCAUCGACAUCUUUGAGGGUCUGACACGUGACAAGGCCCUCAAAGUGGCCGAAUUCCUCAAAUUUGAAGGAGAUCUCAAAGAAAAAUGUGCCAAGGAAGUGCAAGCGAUUUGGCAGAUGUUCCUGAGUGUUGACGCAACUCAGAUUGAGAUCAACCCCCUAAUAGAGACUCCCCAGGGACAGGUUGUUGCAGUUGACGCCAAAAUUCAGUUUGAUGACAAUGCCGAGUUCAGACAGAAGUCCAUCUUUGCUGAGGAAGACACGAGUGAGAGUGACCCUAGAGAGGUUGAGGCUGCCAGACAUAACCUGACAUACAUUGGUAUGGAUGGAAACAUUGGAUGUCUAGUAAAUGGUGCAGGCUUGGCAAUGGCAACCAUGGACAUUAUCAAACUGUAUGGAGGAUCCCCGGCUAACUUCCUCGACCUUGGAGGCGGAGUGAAGGAGGACCAGGUGGAACAGGCCCUCCGCAUCCUCACUGCAGAUUCAACAGUGAAGGCCCUCUUCAUCAACAUUUUUGGGGGCAUUGUCAACACAGCCACGAUUGCCAAUGGGCUCGUCAAUGUCCUGCGCAACACCCAGAUUGAUAUACCCCUCAUUGUUAGGCUGGAAGGAACAAAUGUAGAUGAGGCCAAACGCAUUCUUGCAGAAUCAGGAUGCAACAUCGAAUCUACAAGUGACUUGGAUGAGGCAGCGAAGAAGGCUGUUGCAUCUAUCAGUUAAAUUGUGUUUCUUUCUAAAUUGCAUCUUAAAAAUCAUCCGUGACAUCCAUUUCAAAAACCAAUGUUGUAGUCCAACUUUAAGAAAGUUGUUAGGAAACAGGCGAUGCAAUUUUGUGUGUGAAAUUUGUUUUUAUGCCAUCUAUAUGCAUAUGAAUAUGCAGAUACUAGGUGUGGAAGUUAUUUGAAAGAGGGUGAAUCAGUGAGAUGGUAAGAGUGAGGAAGAGAGAGAGAGAGAAAAAGAAGAAAAUUGCAUUUUGAUGGUGAGUGAGAGUAUGUGCAUAAACUAUUGUAUGUAUUUGGCAAAUUAUCCAUUUUAUGCACAGAAAUGGUGUACAUGAAUAUGUGCAUUAUACUUCCAAAGUUCAAACAUAUUAGGAGCCAAAAUAAUUGUAAUCUUGAUAGUAGGUAAAUUAAGCAGACCUGACGUAUUUUUAGAAGAGAAUUUAAACACACGAGUUAAAAGCCAAGUGUCAGAGAGCAUAAUAGUGGUCCUUGCGUUCACUUACACCCUCAAUUUAAGGAUCUGUUCCUUGAUUGAUGCUGUUGUGCAUCCCCUGCAGUGCCUUCCACACAGCAUCAGUUUUGCUAACCAAAUGAAUUCAUAUUGCACAAAAUAGAAAUGCUGAUUUAUGAAGGCUGUAACUCCAACAAAGUCCUCUUUGGCUCAUUCCAUUCUUUUUGUGAUUUCCUAACAAUUGUUAAGUAAAGCACAUAAUAUUUUUGUAGACUUUGGGUCCAAGGUUUGCUCAUGGGUGCGGGGAUGUAAAUGUAUAUAUAUAUAUUUGGACUAAACAUCUUUACAUCAUUUGGUGCUAAGAGUUUACCCUCUUUUGUUAAAUAAUGUCAGCAAUGUUAAUGUUAACUGAUUUGUACAAGUUUACUAUAUUAAAUUAAAUUCUUUUUUUUUUACUAUAGAAGAAAUUGUUUAAAAAUAGACAUUGGAGUUUGUAGACAAGUCCUUUUUGGUUAAUGGAAAAGCAAAUGUAUGUGAAUUGCACUUGCUUCAUUGACUUUCCCAUUUCAUUCCACUUUUGCAUAAAUGGAUUGUACAGUUCCUGUUAAUAAACUGAUUUUAUUCUU